AUGCCACCCCAACCCUCCUCAGUGACGGCCUUGUCUGCGCCUGGCAAGGUCCUGCUGACUGGCGGCUACCUCGUCCUCGACCGGACCUACACGGGCACUGUUUUCGCCCUUGAUGCGCGCAUUCAUGUUGUUGUUCAGCAAUUAAGGCGGGGACACCGCCGCGGACCUUCUGGGGCGAGUGCGGAUGCGAAAGCAGCGGUGUCUGAUGCGGAUGCUCAAUCCAGCAAGGCCGAGGGAGAGGAGCAGGAAGCUGAGCGUACUGUUGUUGUGCGAUCACCGCAAUUCGUGGAUGCGAUCUGGGAGUAUGGUGUGCAACGAUGCGAGAAUGGUGGGGGUGUGAAAGUCAUCCAAAAGAACAAUGGCCCGCGUAAUCCGUUCGUCGAGACUUCGUUGAGCUACGCUUUGACCUACAUCAGUUACGUCGCCGACUCCAAAGAUUUUGGUUCUCUGUCGGUCACCAUCCUGGCGGAUAAUAAUUACUAUUCCGAGACUGCUACUUCGAAGGAUCACGCCACCCAGGGACGCGCUGGACGCUUCGUCAACUUUGGCGUUCCCCUUCAAGAUGCCCACAAGACUGGAUUGGGCUCGUCGGCAGCCCUCGUUACGGCUCUUGUCUCGUCCUUGGUGAUCCACCGUACCAUGCAAGCAGAUGAUCUGGGUGCUGGACGUGACAAACUGCACAAUUUGGCUCAAGCUGCUCACUGUGCGGCUCAGGGCAAGGUCGGAUCUGGAUUCGAUGUGGCGGCUGCGGUAUAUGGAUCAUGCCUGUACAAGCGAUUCUCGCCUGCAAUUCUGGAAUCUGUCGGCGAUGUGGGUACUGCUGGAUUUGACGAGCGGUUGUUUGCUAUUGUCGAGGACGUGGACCCCAAGCACCCCUGGGAUACCGAGUGUGUGGAUUUCGGCAUGCAGCUCCCACGCGGCAUGCAGAUGGUCUUGUGCGACGUUGAAUGUGGCUCCCAGACUCCAUCGAUGGUGAAAAAGGUGCUGGAGUGGAGGAAAAACAACCGUAAGGAGGCUGAUAUCCUCUGGGGCAGUCUCCAGAACAACAAUGAGCGAUUGCGCCAGGAAUUGAAGCGCCUGGCUCAGCACCCCGACGCCAACGCGGAUGGCGAGUUUUCCGAAAUCGCGACCUUGAUUCAGCGCACCCGGCACCUCAUUCGUACCAUGACCCGCGAGACGAGCGUUCCCAUCGAACCCAGCGUACAGACCGAGCUGCUGGACAGCUUGACCGAGAUCGAUGGUGUCAUCGGAGGUGUCGUGCCCGGUGCUGGUGGCUAUGAUGCCAUUGUGCUGUUGAUUCGCGACGACCCCUCGGUGAUUACGCGAUUGAACGAGCGGUUCGAGGACUACCAGAGUGCGGUGGAAGACGACUUUGGUGGUAAAAUUGGCAAGGUGCGACUUCUGGGCGUGCGUCACGGAUCCGAGGGUGUGAAGAAUGAAAUGCUUGACCAGUAUGCCGGUUGGGUCUAG